AUGAGUGAAGAAAUUAGUCCUGACAAUUUUUUAAUUGUAACACAACCUAAUGGGAACUGCAUCAUUGAUCAAAAUUCCAUUUUGUUGCAAAGAAUUACAGAUGAAACCUAUCUCUAUGCAGAUAUGGAAUUGGUUAUGAAAUCUUUUAAUAUUCAAAUUGAAAAACCAGUAACUGUGUGUACAAAAGAAAAAGAAGACCAAGACAAACAGUUAAGAUCCACUUGGACAAGGGAAGAGAUUUUAAAUUUAAUAAAUUUGUACAAGGAAUAUGAAAAUAAAUUUAAAUCUACAACUGUAAAAAAUGACAAAGUGUGGCAGGAUAUAAGUUUAAAAAUUUCAUCCCAUACUUGGGAGCAAUGUAAAAAUAAAUUUAAAUAUUUAAAAAGCAAGUACAUCGAAAAUAAAGACAAUAUGGGUGCUAAAGCUAGUGGAGCAAAGGCCAUUAAAUUUGAGUUUUUUGAUGAAAUGGACGACAUUUUUAAAUUACAACCCAAUGUUAACCCAGUGGCUAUUGCUUCAAGUAGCAGGGGACUAAAAAAUAUCACUAAUAUUUUAGACCAGGGUCCAAACGACAACAAAAGAAAAGCUGAAGAGGACAGUGAAAAACCAGUUAAAAAAAAUAAAACAUCCAAUAGUUCAUACAAAAAAUCUAACAGUUCAUUUCGAGAAAUUCAAGAAAUAAGAGAAAAUGGAAGAAAUAGAAGGCAUGAGGAAAACCUCGAAGUAAUGAAAGAACUGGUUUCUGUAUUUAAAGACCUUACAGAAGCAAUAAAAAAGCAUUAA